CAUAUAUACACUCCUCGGGGUCACUUGAGUCCCUCCUCUUUAGGGUUUCCAUUUCUCUCGCUCGCUCUCCACAGGGUUUCCAUAUCUCUCCCUUCACAAUGGCAGCCACCUUCUGUGAUCUCCACACCGAAGCGGGCCUGAAGCACCUCAAUGGGUUCCUCUCCAACAAGACUUACAUUUCUGGAGAUCUGCUGACUAAGGACGACAUCAGGGUGUACGCUGCAGUAAUGAAGGCGCCAAGUGGGGAGUUCCCGAACGUGUGCCGGUGGUACGAGGCCAUCUCUUCGAGCCUGUCGGCAAGGUUUCCUGGCAAAAGUGUUGGAGUUAGGCUAGCUGGUCAGGCACCUGUAUGUGCACCUGAUGAAUCCACAGAGGCUGCACCAGAAGAAAAUGAUGACGAUCUGGACCUUUUUGGAGAUGAGACCGAGGAUGAGAAGAAGGCAGCUGCAGAACGUGAGGCAGCUGUCAAAGCUUCUUCAAAGAAAAAAGAGAGUGGAAAAUCCUCGGUUCUUUUGGAUGUAAAGCCAUGGGAUGAUGAGACUGACAUGAAGAAGCUUGAAGAGGCUGUUCGCAGCAUCGAAAUGCCUGGUCUUCUAUGGGGUGCAUCAAAACUUGUCCCUGUUGGUUAUGGUAUAAAGAAGCUGCAGAUCAUGAUGACUAUUGUGGACGACCUUGUGUCUGUUGACACUCUCAUAGAAGAUCACCUCACUGUCGAACCAGCAAAUGAAUACAUUCAGAGCUGUGACAUCGUUGCUUUCAACAAAAUCUAGAUGUACUGAAUUCAAACGCUGAGUCGUUCUUGCGGUACCAAUUCCAUCUUAUGGAUCUUGUGUGGUUAUAAUUCUCAAUCUCCUAUUUUGGGAACUGUUCUUCGUCUGGGGAUAUAGAUUCUUAAUUCUCUUCUGCUGUAUGUGUAAUCUUACAAGUUUUGAUUAGUGGUACUAUUUUGCAAUUUUGAUA